AUGGAUGCUACACCAAGUGAAGACGAUCAUCUGCAAGGGGAUGCUGUAAAUGCCAGAGUUCCUAAACCAAUAGGGACUUCCACCCCUAGAGCCACAUCUAUAGUAGCUACUUCAUAUGCAACUUUAACAUUUCCCACUUCACCUUUUGAUGAUAUUAUUCGUAUUCUGAUGCUAAAUGGUGAUAAUUUCUAUGACUGGAAAGAAAAUAUUCUUCUAAAAUUGGGGUGCUUAAAGCUUGAUAUGGUGCUCCGUGUGGACAAACCACUCGCCCUCACAGAAUCAAGUAUGCCAGCACAGAUUUUAAAAAAUGAACAGUGGGAGCAAUCUAAUCGUUUUUGUUUGUUGUUUAUGAAAUCUCACAUCAACAAGAGCAUUCAGGGUUCCAUCCCUGAAACUGAUAAGGUUAAAGCAUUCCUGAAGGUUGUUGCGAAACAAUUUGUUUGCUCUGAUAAGGCUUUAGCUAGCACUCUAAUUAAGAAACUAUCAAGUAAGACUUUUGAUAGUACUAAAGGUGUGCAUGAGCACAUUAUGCAAAUGAGGGACAUGGCAGCUCAACUUAAGUCCCUAAAGUUGGAGAUCUUCGAGUCAUCUUGA